GGUCCCGCCAGCGCCCCGCGUGCCGGGCGGCCCGCACCGCGCCGCGCCGCGGCCAUGCCGCCCCGGGGGGGCUGAGGCGUCCCCAUGGCCGAGCCGGGCGCCUGGAGAACGAGCCGGGCGCAUGGAGAACUUCCGUAAGGUGCGCUCGGAGGAGGCGCCGGCGGGGAGCGGGGCCGAGGGGGGCGGCGCGGCCCCGGGGCCCUUCGCCGACCUGGCGCCGGGCGCCGUGCACAUGCGGGUCAAGGAGGGGAGCAAGAUCCGCAACCUGCUGGCCUUCGCCACCGCCAGCAUGGCGCAGCCGGCCACGCGCGCCAUCGUCUUCAGCGGCUGCGGCCGGGCGACCACCAAGACCGUCACGUGCGCCGAGAUCCUCAAGCGCCGCCAGGCCGGCCUGCACCAGGUCACGCGGCUGCGCUACCGGAGCGUGCGCGAGGUGUGGCAGAGCCUCCCGCCCGGGCCCGCGCGGGCCCCGGCCGCCGCGCCCGCCGCCAGCCUCAGCGUGCUCAAGAACGUGCCCAGCCUCGCCAUCCUACUUUCCAAGGACGCGCUGGACCCGCGGCAGCCGGGCUACCAGCCCCCCGGCCCCGACCCCGCACCUUCGGCCGCGCCCGCCGCCGCGCAGACGACCUCCAAAAGGAGCCUCGGGGACCCCGCCGCCGGGGGCGGCGCCGCCAAGCGCUCGCAGCCCGGGCCCGGGGCGGGGGACGCGGGCCACGCGGGCCGGACUGCCUGAGAUGAGUACUCCCCGUCCCGGGCCUUCGACCCACCGAUCCCCCCCCCCCCCGCCCCACGCACGCACCUUCCGCCUCUCAUACCCGGGCUCCCCCAGGGGCCCGCAGCCUGGACACAAACUUCUCGGACUGGGGGUGUGGACCUCUCCCCCCCCCCACCAAGGCCACGAGAGAGGGGCCCCAGGAGAAGCAGGAUGACAACCCAGAGAAACUUCCAGGGCUGUGCUGGCCGAAGAGACAAGCUUGUCACUCCUCCU